GCCCGGAUGUAAACACGGAAGUACCGUGAAGAAACCAAAAGACACGUCGACAGUGAACCAAAACACUCCUCGUUUAUCUAAAAUCAUAUUAAAUGUUAUGUAUUCUGAUCUUUGAUAUAUUUUAGUAUAUUUAUACUUCACAUUGGUGUCUCCAAUACACCAACAAUGGAUAAAAGCGGAAGUUUGAUGUUAGCUACCGAGAGAUACGGCAGCGGGCAGGUUUGGAAAUAUUCAGUAAGUGAUGGAGUGAUGAAGAGGACGAGGGCUGGGAGUGAAGCUGGGUCAAGAGGGAACUCAGUUGUUGGAUUCUUUAAAAGCGUCUUCCUGCCUCAAGGAUACCCAGAAAGUGUCAGCAGUGAUUAUCUUCAGUACCAGUUCUGGGAUACUCUUCAGGCUUUCUCCAGUUCUCUGUCGGGGACUUUGGCCACUCAGGCUUCCCUCAAAGGUGUUGGUGUUGGAAACCAGGAGGCGACUGUAGCUGCAGCCACAGUUACCUGGUUAUUAAGAGAUGGUACUGGCAUGUUGGGAAGAAUCCUCUUUGCCUGGAGGAAAGGGAGUAAGCUGGACUCGGAGGCUAAAAAGUGGAGGCUUUUUGCUGAUGUUCUCAACGACAUUGCAAUGUUCAUGGAAAUCUUGGCUCCUCACUUUCCUGCCUGCUUCACUUUGAUAGUUUGCACUGCAGGAAUAUUCAAGUCUAUUGUUGGCGUCGCCGGAGGAGCAACCAGAGCUGCACUCACUGUUCAUCAGGCGCGCAGGGACAACAUGGCGGAUAUCUCUGCCAAAGAUGGCAGUCAGGAAACUUUGGUUAAUCUUGCUGGUUUGCUGGUCAGCCUGUUACUGAUUCCUCUUGUCACUGAUAAUCCAGUCCUGACCCUCAGCCUCUUCUUCCUCUUUACUGUCCUUCACCUCUUUGCCAACUACAAAGCUGUGCGUUCGGUUGUCAUGGAAACCUUCAAUGAGGCACGGCUUUCCAUCGUGAUGCAGCAGUACCUGAAGGACGGACGAAUCCUGAGUCCAUCUGAGGCCAAUCAGAGAGAACCCGUUUUCCUACAGUUUGGAAAAACCACACCAAUUAAACUUGGCGUGAGGUUACAGGACGUUGCUCAAAGCUCAGAGGAACUGAAUUUGGCUUUAAAGGAAAACAACAUGCCGUUCCUGUUGGGAAUCAGAAACGGCUGCAUUUGUGUUUGUUUGGGAACAGAUGCAUCAGUUCGUGAUGAAAUCAGAGCAAUGUGCCAGGCUGCUUGUGUCAGCAACAUACUAAGUUGCCCAACCGCUUUGAAACCAACGCGGCAAAAUUUGUGGGAAAUUGUGCACGAGAGUCAGAAGCAGAUGGAGGCACAUUUCUCUCCGUUCCUCAAAGGUGUUAAAGCUGCAGGAUGGGACACAGAAAGGACUUUGCUGGACUGGGAUGAGUGGCGAGUGGAGUGGAAAAUAAAAAACAGCUGAGCUGCUUUUUUGGUUUAUUAAACAUCUGAAUUUUUAA